AUGGAAGAAUACAUUGAAAGUUAUUGCUGGAUACAAAACACCUACUGGGUACCGAUGUACGAGAAUAUUCCGGACGAUCACACGGCUCGAGAAGAGAAACAAAUCGGUUACUAUCAAUGGGUGCCGUUCAUACUGAUCGCUGAAGCCCUUAUGUUCUCCUUGCCAUGCAUUUUUUGGCGUCUUCUAUCGUGGCAAUCCGGACUGAAUAUUCAGCACCUCAUAAACGCCGCGUGCGACACACAAGCUGUAGUCGAUCCGUCGGAGCGUCAGAAGGCGAUCGACGCGCUUGCAUCGUGCUUCGUUGACAAUCUGGAUCUGCAAGCGCCGAAUGGUGAAUUGCCUUUGCGAAGCAUGAUGGGGCGAUUGAAGUGCAAAAGGUGGGAUUUAUGUUUAUACACGUUAUCCUCCCAGGUUUUUCCAACUACUCUUACCAAGAGAAAAAGUAAAGAAAGUGGAGGUUAUCUUCUGAAUGUCGGGCAUGUAUACUGUCCAAUGUGCUCUGCUCAUAAACAUUAUCAACGAGAAAGUAUUUGCUUUUCUAUGGUGCUGGUAUCUGCUGUUGGUCAUCAUUACAACGGAAAUCCCGUCGAACGUGUCUACUCGGUGAUCCCCUUCGCACCGCAUCUGCUUGAUCGAUUCGUUCUUCAGUUUCUCAAGUCCGAUGGGGUGUUUAUUUUGCGAAUGAUGGCCAAUCACGCCGGUGAUAUUGUGGUGGUUCAUGUGCUGAGAGCGCUUUGGCAAGAGUUUCGUGAGCGGAAUUGGCGUGAAUUUCGAGGAAUUCGAAGAACUCAAAGAUCAGCACUUCCGACAUCUUCCCAAGGCAGCGAUGGUUGUCGGGACCCCGUCAAAUCAACAAGCUCGAGUCGUCACUAUAAGCAAUCCAGUGUCCACCAUCAUGAACGAUUCAAUGAACAGCGAGAAGGGCUAUCUUUGACUGCCGUUGGUCGACGAUAUCCUUUCCUUUCGUGCCAUGUGCCUUGA